UGAGCGUGCGCGCUCCCAACAACCUCGCGGAGGUUUUCAGGGGUCCCGCCUCCUCCGCCCGAUUCGGAGUUUUUCUGGGGUUCCAGCUCCUCAAGAGUCGGGCGGGAGCUAGGGUGGCUGAGGGCGCUCCGCCAUGCGUUGGGGACUGUGCCCUCCCAGGCCGGGGACGGCGGUCCUGGCCGUGGCUCGAAACCUAUGUGGGCCGUCCCUCCUUCCCUGUCGCCUGGGAUGGCGAGGGUCUAGGAGGCUUCUGGUGCGGUCGGUCACUGGUGCCACUAACCAGCUGCCGAACCCCGACAGAGGCAAAUAUCGGGACACGGUGCUGCUACCGCAGACUAACUUCUCCAUGAAGCUGCUGGGCCGCCAGCAGCCGGAUACUGAGCUGGAGGUCCAGCAGAAAUCUGGAUUUUUAGAACUUUAUUCGUGGCAAAGAGAAAGAAAAGUAAAGAGUGAAUUUUGUCUUCAUGAUGGACCUCCUUAUGCAAAUGGUGACCCCCAUGUUGGACAUGCUUUAAAUAAGAUUUUGAAAGAUAUAGCCAACCGAUACCAUAUGAUGAAAGGUUCCAAAAUACAUUUUGUACCAGGUUGGGAUUGUCAUGGAUUACCCAUUGAAAUAAAAGUAUUAUCAGAACUUGGUGAAAAAGCUCAGAAUUUUUCAGCUGUGGAAAUUAGAGAGAAAGCCAGAUCAUUUGCUAAAGCAGCCAUUGAGAAACAGAAAUCAGCAUUUAUCCGUUGGGGAAUAAUGGCAGAUUGGAAUAAUUGCUACUAUACAUUUGAUAGAAAAUAUGAGGCCAAACAGUUGAGACUUUUCUAUCAAAUGUAUGAUAAGGGCUUGGUUUAUCGAGCUUAUAAACCUGUGUUUUGGUCUCCCUCAUCAAGGACUGCAUUGGCUGAAGCAGAACUUGAAUAUAAUCCUGAGCAUGUCAGUCGUUCAAUAUAUGUAAAAUUCCCUCUCUUGAAACCUCCUCCUAAGUUGGCAUCUCUUAUAGGUGAUUCCUCUCCUGUUAGUUGUUUAGUCUGGACUACGCAGCCUUGGACAAUACCAGCCAAUCAAGCUGUUUGUUACAUGCCAGACUCAAAGUAUUCUGUUGUUAAAUGUGCUACUUCUGGAGAGAUCUACAUACUGGCUGCCGAUAAAGUAACAUCUAUUGCUUCUAUUUUGGAAACAACAUUUGAGACUAUUUCAACAUUUCCAGGUAUAGAUUUGGAAAAUGGUACUUGUGCUCAUCCAGUAAUUCCUGACAAAGUCUCCCCUCUUUUACCUGCAAAUCAUGUGACCAUGACAAAAGGAACAGGAUUGGUUCACACAGCCCCAGCUCAUGGUAUGGAAGAUUACAGUGUAGCUUCUCAACACAACCUGUCAAUGGAUUGUUUAGUGGAUGAAGAUGGAAUUUUCACAGAUGAUGCAGGUCCUGAGCUUCAAAAUAAAGCUGUUCUUAAAGAGGGAACGGAUGUGGUUAUAAAGAUGCUGGAAGCUGCAAAGAAUUUGUUGAAAGAGGAAAAAUUGGUGCACAGCUAUCCCUAUGACUGGAGGACUAAGAAACCAGUGGUUAUUCGUGCCAGCAAGCAGUGGUUUAUAAAUAUCACAGAUAUUAAGACCACAGCCAAGGAAUUGUUAAAAAAGGUGAAAUUUAUUCCUGGAUCAGCACAGAAUGCCAUGAUUGAAAUGAUGGACAGGCGACCAUAUUGGUGUAUAUCAAGGCAAAGAGUUUGGGGUGUUCCAAUUCCUGUGUUUCAUCAUAAGACAAAGGAUGAAUUCUUGAUCAACAGCCAAACCAUUGAGCAUAUUAUUCAACUAGUAGAACAACAUGGCAGUGACAUUUGGUGGACUCUUCCCCCUGAGAAACUUCUUCCAAAAGAAGUCUUAUCUCAGAUUGGUGGUCCUGAUGCCUUAGAAUAUGCACCAGGUCAGGAUAUUUUGGACAUCUGGUUUGAUAGCGGAACUUCAUGGUCUUAUGUUCUCCCAGGUUCUGACCAAAUAGCAGAUUUGUUCUUGGAAGGAAAAGACCAGCUUGGGGGUUGGUUCCAAUCUUCUUUAUUAAUAAGUGUGGCAUCAAAGAAUAAAGCACCUUAUAAGGCAGUGGUUGUUCAUGGAUUUACCCUUGGAGAAAAGGGAGAAAAGAUGUCCAAGUCUCUUGGAAAUGUGGUUAAUCCUGAUGUUGUCAUUAAUGGAGGACAAGACCAAAGCAAAGAGCCUCCCUAUGGUGCUGAUGUCCUUCGCUGGUGGGUAGCUGAGUCCAAUGUCUUCACUGAAGUGACAGUCAGUCCAUCUGUACUGAAUGCUGCCAGAGAUGAUAUUAGCAAGCUUAGGAAUACACUCCGCUUUCUUUUGGGAAAUGUGACUGGUUUCAACCCCAAAACAGAUUCAAUUCCUGCUAAGGAUAUGUAUGUCAUAGACCAGUAUAUGCUACAUUUACUGCAGGAUUUUGCAAGUAAGAUUACUGAGUCAUAUAAACAGUAUGAUUUUGGAAAAGUUGUUCGGCUAUUACGAGCAUUUUACACUAGAGAACUCUCCAACUUUUAUUUCAGCAUAAUCAAAGACAGGCUUUAUUGCAAUCAUGAAAAUGAUCCCAAACGACGCUCCUGUCAGACUGCAUUAGCUGAAAUUUUGGAUGUACUAGUUCGUUCUUUUGCUCCCAUUCUUCCUCACUUGGCUGAAGAGGUCUUCCAGCACAUACCUUAUGUUAAAGAACCCAGAAGUGUUUUUCGGACUGGGUGGAUUAGUACAAGUUCUGUCUGGAAGAAGCCUGGAUUGGAGGAGGCAGUGGAGAGUGCAUGUGCAAUGAGAGAUUCAUUUCUUGGAAGCAUCCCUGGCAAAAAUGCAGCAGAGUACAAUGUUAUCAUUGUGAUAGAACCUGGACUGCUCUUUGAGAUAAUAGAGAUGCUACAAACUGAGGAGACUUCCAGCACCUCUCAGUUGAAUGAAUUAAUAAUGGCUUCCCAGACAACCUUACUCACUCAGGAACCACUAGAGAUAACUGCAGAUGUAAUUAAGCUUGAAGGGACAUUCCUAAUCAAUUUAGAAGGUGGUGAUAUUCGUGAGGAGUCUUCCUAUAAAGUAAUUGUCAUGCCAGCUACCAAAGAAAAAUGUCCUCGUUGUUGGAAGUAUACAGCUGAGUCUUCAGAUGCUCUCUGUCCCCGAUGUGCAGAUGUUGUUGGUGGAAAGUAGUACUUCACUCUGGUGUUAACAGCUUCUGAGCAAUAACCUGCUGACAGUACUGACUGGGAGUUUAGAUGGAUUAUCCACAGUAUUGGAUUUCACUGAUUGGGAGUUUAGAUGGAUUAUCCACAGUAUUGGAAAGAAAUCCAAGAUUUAGCUGAGUGGAAGAGAAGAUGGGGGAAGGUAAAGAUCACAGUCAGUCAGAAUUAUAAAAAAUAUUUCCUGUGACUGAGAAAGAAUGUGUGUAUAUAUAUGGACUUAUUCAGAACAUGGCCACUGAAUAUGCUUACUUUCAAAAAUGUGGCUGAACAGAAAAUGUUCUAUAUUUUAUAAGUUUUUAGCACAAUAUUUAGAGUUCUGUAAAAUAAAGUCAUCUUGGUAAAAUACUGACUGAUGUUGGUGAAAAUAGUUGUGAAUAUCAAGUGAAAAAAUGGGGUUUUGAAAGGGAUUGGUAGAAUUGUGUUUUACUUAAGAGAUAAAAAUAAUUUCAUUCUGCCCUUCAAGCCAAUACCAAUAUUUCCGGAAUAGCUAGCUUUUUGGGUUGUACUGGAAGGAAAAAAUAUCACCAAAUUUGUUUUUUUCAUAUAAGAGGAAAAAAAAAACCCUUAACACUUAACUUAUGAAUGCCAGGGAAACAAUAUGAAAGCUGAAAAUUUAUUUCACUAAUAUACAUGAGUUCACAACAAUGAAAAGACACAGAAGAAAAUGGCAGUAUAUACAGAAUUUCACUACUUACAAUACAUUACAAUAAGUAACUGAGCAUUUUAUAAACAAUUUACUAUUGGAUUAAAAUCUUUCUACGGAUGGCUAAUUCUGUUCAGCAGAAAUGUUACUUUUAGAGGCCCAACAAACCCAUUCAUAUC